CGUAUGAUCAGUUAGUGUGGAAGAGUUUAGUUCAUAAUAGUAGUUGGAUCUUCUGCAUAAUCAUAUUCAAUAUGAUUUUCUCAAGAGGCAACACCGCCAUGUCUGCCAUAUUGCUGCUUCUUGGAAUAUUAUCUUCCACUGGAGUAGAAUUUACGGGGGCACAAUCUGUUGGUGUGUGUUAUGGAGGAAAUGGAAACAAUCUACCAACAAAGCAAGCAGUGGUGGAUCUUUACAAAUCAAACAGAAUAGGCAAAAUCCGUUUAUACUAUCCAGACGAAGGAGUCCUUCAAGCCCUCAGAGGUUCAAACAUAGAGGUGAUCCUCGGUGUCCCUAAUGACCAACUUCAAUCUCUCACCAACGCUGGAGCUGCCACAAAUUGGGUCAACAAGUACGUGAAAGCAUACUCACAAAACGUGAAAUUCAAGUACAUUGCAGUUGGUAACGAAAUUCACCCUGGUGACUCUUUAGCAGGGUCUGUACUUCCAGCACUUGAAAACAUUCAGAAAGCAAUUUCUGCCGCCAAUUUACAAGGCCAAAUGAAGGUGUCAACAGCAAUAGACACCACUUUACUUGGCAACUCUUACCCACCAAAAGAUGGCGUUUUCAGCAGUAGUGCAAGUUCAUACAUAAGACCAAUUGUAAACUUUUUAGCAAGAAAUGGAGCCCCACUUCUCGCAAACGUGUACCCUUACUUCGCCUAUGUUAACAACCAACAAAGCAUUGGUCUUGACUAUGCCUUGUUUACUAAACAUGGUAACAACGAGGUUGGGUACCAAAACCUGUUUGAUGCAUUGUUGGAUUCUCUAUACGCUGCUCUUGAGAAAGUAGGGGCACCAAAUGUGAAGGUUGUUGUGUCUGAGAGUGGUUGGCCAUCUGAAGGUGGAGUUGGAGCAACUGUUCAAAACGCAGGAACCUAUUACCGCAAUUUGAUUAAUCAUGCCAAAGGUGGAACCCCCAAGAGGCCUAGUGGACCCAUAGAGACUUACCUCUUUGCCAUGUUUGAUGAAAACCAGAAGGAUGGUCCUGAAAUCGAACGACACUUUGGUCUCUUCAGGCCUGACAAAUCACCUAAAUACCAACUCAGUUUCAAUUGAAACAGUGGAUCAUAAACUCGGUGCUGAUUACUCAGAAUAAUUAAGGGUAUCUCAUUACAUAUAUAUGGUUUUAAUUAGUUUAAUUUGCACCGACCUCAAUGUACUACGUACUAGUACGCAAGUGAUGCUUCUAAUUAUUAAUAAAUGCAUCUCUACCACUUUAUAUCUAAAUAAUAAAUGUUUUAAUUCCUUGCGUA